CGUACAAAUGUAGACCGCGCAUGCGUGCUGUAAAAGCUAGCGUGUUUCGUUGCUGUGUGCUGCUCUCCUUGUCUGCAGUGUAAAUGUUUCGGACAACGAAUACAAACUACUAAUUUUCACCAUGAAAACAAGAUUCAAUACCGUGGAUAUCAGGGCGGUCAUUGCUGAGAUAAAUGCUAAUUACCUUGGUAUGCGCGUAAACAACGUGUAUGACAUCGACACCAAGACCUAUCUCAUCCGUUUGCAAAAGCCUGACACCAAAUCUAUUCUACUGGUUGAAUCUGGACUCCGCAUUCAUUCUACAGACUUUGAAUGGCCCAAAAAUAUGAUGCCCUCUGGCUUUGCCAUGAAAUGUCGAAAGCAUCUCAAGUCAAGACGACUAACACAGGUGAAGCAGCUUGGGGUUGACAGGAUUGUUGACAUCCAGUUUGGCUCAGAUGAGGCUGCUUACCAUCUGAUAGUGGAACUCUAUGACAGGGGUAACAUUAUCCUGGCGGACCACGAGUACACCAUUCUGAACCUGCUGCGCUUCCGCACAGCAGAGGGAGAGGAAGAUGUGAAGAUAGCGGUGAGGGAGAGGUACCCUGUGGAGAACGCCAGGCCCCCAGAGCCCCUCAUCAGCCUGGAGAGACUCACUGAAGUCCUGUCGAAGGCCACGAAUGGAGAACAGGUGAAAAGGAUCCUCAAUCCCCACCUUCCAUAUGGGGCUACUCUCAUAGAGCACUGUCUGAUGGAAGUGGGACUCCCCGGCUUCAUCAAAGUGGACAGCCAGUUUGAUGCUGCACGAGAUGCACCCAAAAUCCUUGAUGCCCUGCAAAUGGCAGAAGUUUAUAUGGAGAAAACGGCAAGCUUCGAUGGAAAGGGCUACAUCAUCCAAAAAUGUGAGAAGAAACCAAGUUUAGCCCCAGAGAAACCUGAAGAAUUGCUCACAUAUGAGGAAUUUCACCCCUUCCUCUUUGCCCAACAUGCAAAUAGCCACUAUGUUGAGUUUGAUACAUUUGACAAGGCAGUGGACGAAUUCUACUCCAAGAUGGAGAGUCAGAAGAUUGACGUGAAGGCCCUGCAGCAGGAGAAACAGGCUCUGAAAAAGCUGGACAAUGUCAAGAGGGACCACGUGCAGAGGCUGGAGGCACUACACCAACUUCAGGAGGUAGACAGGCUUAGGGGCGAGCUGGUGGAAAUGAACUUGCCCAUAGUGGAGAGGGCUCUGCAGGUGGUGCGGAGCGCCCUGGCCAACCAGGUGGACUGGGCCGAGAUAGGGCUGAUCGUCAAGGAGGCCCAGGCUGCCGGAGACCCAGUGGCCUGCGCCAUCAAGGAGCUGAAGCUGCAGACCAACCACAUCACAAUGCUUUUAAAGAACCCAUACAUUGUCCCAGAGGAAGUGGAGGAGGAGGAUGUAGCCAAGGUGGCUGAAGAGAAGAAGGGGAAGAAGAACAAGAACAAAGAGAAGGGUCAGAAGGGCAAGCCCAAAAUGGACCAGCCCAUGAUGGUGGAUGUGGACCUCAGCUUGUCAGCUUACGCCAAUGCCAAAAAAUACUACGACCACAAGCGAACCGCUGCUAAGAAAGAGCAGAAAACCGUGGAGGCAGCCCAGAAGGCUUUCAAAUCUGCUGAGAAGAAGACCAAGCAAACCCUUAAAGAGGUCCAAACGGUUACGACCAUUCAGAAGGCCAGGAAAGUCUACUGGUUUGAGAAGUUCCUGUGGUUCAUCAGCUCAGAAAAUUACCUCACCAUCGCCGGACGUGACCAGCAACAGAAUGAAAUUAUCGUUAAGCGCUACUUGAGGGCUGGGGAUAUCUACGUUCACGCCGACCUCCAUGGAGCAACUAGUUGUGUCAUCAAGAACCCAUCUGGUGUGCCCAUUCCUCCACGCACCUUGACUGAGGCGGGCACCAUGGCCGUGUGCUACAGUGCAGCCUGGGACGCCAAGGUUAUCACCAGCGCAUGGUGGGUGCACUACCACCAGGUGACUAAGUCUGCCCCCACUGGAGAAUACCUGACCACUGGAAGUUUCAUGAUCCGAGGAAAGAAGAACUACAUGCCGCCCUCUUAUUUAAUGAUGGGUUUCAGCUUUCUCUUCAAGGUAGAUGAGCAGUGUGUAUUCAGACACCGGGGUGAGAGGAAGGUCAAGACCAUUGACGAGGACAUGGCGGAUGUGACGUCCAGCACAGCAGAGCUACUAGAGGAUGGGGAGGAGCUUAUUGGGGAUGACAGUAGCAACGAGGGAGAGAGGGAAGACGGAGGAGGAGAUGGAAAGAAGAAUGGAGUGGAGGUAAAAGUAGAGAAAGCCACUGAAGGGGCAGAGGCUGAACAUAAGGAGGAUGGAGAUGCUAAAGAACUGGAUGACAUGAAGGAGGAGGAUGAGGUGGAGGGGCUCGAGGCGAAGGUGAAGAGUGAUGGGGAGAGUGCAGAGUUCAGUUUUCCAGACACCACCAUCUCCCUGUCCCACUUGCAGUCCACCAGGGAAACCCAAAGUGCUGGUUUCAAAAAGGUGUCCAUUCAGGUUGAGGUGGAGGUGCAAAAAGAGGGGGGAAAACACAUUACAGCCAAGCAAAGAAGGGAGAAGAAGGGGAAACGGGAUCAUUCUGAAUCUCAGGAAGAAGAGGGAAAGACUGAGGAGACGCAUGGUGCCUCCGCAGCCAAUCAGAAAACCAAGAGUGGAGGAGGGGGAGGAGCCUCUCAGCAUCCUCUUAAGAGACAUCAAAAGAACAAGCUGAAGAAAAUUAAAGAGAAGUACAAAGACCAAGAUGAAGAGGAUCGGGAGCUGAUGAUGAAAUUGUUGGGGUCUGCUGGCUCCACUAAGGAAGAGAAGCCUAAGAAGGGCAAGAAGGGGAAGGGCAAAGACGAGGUGUUGAGAAAAGCACCCCAGAAGCAAGCCCAGAGACCCCGUCCUCAGGAGGUCAUCUUAAAGAAACCAGAAGGGGAAGAGGAGGGUCUAGCUGUGGAGGAGGGAACAGCACCUGAACAGGAUGACAAGGAAGGAGAUGAUCAGGACCAAGACAACCCUGGAGCAGAGGAAGCAGAGAAACUGCUGAAUUCUCUGACGGGCCAACCCCACCCAGAGGAUGUACUGCUAUUCGCUGUGCCAGUCUGUGCCCCCUACACUGCCCUCUCCAACUACAAGCACAAGGUGAAGUUGACCCCAGGGACCCAGAAGAAAGGAAAAGCUGCCCGCACUGCAGUAUUCAGCUUCAUGAAGGCCAGGGAGGCUUCAACUAGAGAGAAGGACCUGUUUCGCAGUGUCAAGGAUACAGAUUUAUCAAGAAACAUCCCAGGCAAAGUUAAAGUGUCAGCACCUAACCUAAUGGCAGCCAAGAAGAAAUAGACCUAUACAAUUUAGUCGACAUGGACUUUCUUCACGAAACAAUGAGUUAACCCCACCCUUAAUAGUACUAUGAUGUCUGCAAUUGGAUGACAGGAAAAGCUUGUGCACCGAAGCAUUACAUUUUCCUGGAUCUUUACUUCAAGAUGACAGGGAGGGGAAAAGCAAUGCAAAAUCUGAUUUUACAUUUAUUUUUUCUUGAUUCAAAAUUAAGAUUUUUAUGAAACUUGUGCAAAUAAUACAAAAUGAGAAACAUUUUGUGGUAACUUCAGUGCAACUGGUAUUAUUACCUGAUUAAAAACUGAAAAUACUACACAAACAAGCCUCUGACUAACAUGGUCACCUUUCCAGCAGGACUGAACAUGGUACUUUCACUUUAAAAAUAUAUAUACAUUUUCAAACACUGGCAUGACAAAUUCACACGUAAGGAUAAUGAACAUUUCCAUGCUUGCUGACUGGCCAACACCACUUCCAUCAAAAGCGAACACCAUCAACUCUUUGCUGUGAGCCUGUUAAAGGCAAUUGACAUAUCUUUAUUCAAACCAUACUUGGUAGUAAACCUUGUUAUCAAUCAGUUUAUAGUUCUAAUUUUAAGUGACACUUGUGGUCUCACUGUACUCACUGCUCGCUGAUGGGACAGCAGGUUAUUGGCACAACCGCCAAACACAAAGACCUCCCCAUCAGGACCGGAACAGGCCGUGUGCCAGAGCCUGACACAAAAAAGAGGAAAAUGACUAAGGACACACACACACAGUGAAACAAGCAGCUCCCAUUCAUUACCACUAAUUGGUUUCUCUCUUGUGAUAUUACCUGGGGCUCUGUGUAUGAUUGUGCUUGUACUGCUGCCACUUGUUCUUGCUGAUUCAGUACAGCCAAGCGUCACCUGUAUAUAUUACAAAAGGAUGGAGAAAUAAAAACAUUUGGUCAUGC